AUGGAGAAACCUAAAAACACUAGGGAUCAAGAGCAGGAUAUUGCAUCAAACUUCUCGUUCUCUAAAUCAGACAAUUUGAAUUUAUCGCUGCCAGAAAUGGAAGCAAUGCCAGAAAUUUCUAAAGCGGAAUCUAUAUAUUCAGAUUCUAUUCCAUCUUGUAAAAGUCAAACUACCAAUAAUAUAGAUCAAUCGCUGACAUGGGAGAAUUCCAAGUCCAACUCAGGAUCGGGUUCAGGUUCAGGCUUCACCUCCAAUGGGACUCCAAACUCUAAUAAAGAAAUAAGAGGAUUCGGACCCCCAGUGCUGCUGGGUAAACGAACAUCAAUGGCAUCCCAGGUAUCUGAUUAUUCAGCUAAGGGAAAUCAUAUUGCACAGCCUGUGUCAGUGAAAGUGGUUAAUCAAGAUGUCAAUCCUACUGUUAGCAGAAAGUAUUACCGUUUCGAUGAAAGAGAUGAUGAACAGGACGCUGAAGGCGAAGGUGAUCAGGAUCAAGCUGAGUCGGUUAGCACCGUUCCAGAUGACUCAAUUAAAUUGGGGAAGUUGAAAACAAAACCAGGUACUUCUUCUAAGAAAUUGGAACCUGAUAUGACGUUCAAUACCAAUGUUGAAAGCUCAGUUCCUCCUAGAUCUUCACGUAGGCCCAAAAGUGAAGUUUUGACAAGUACCAAUGAAUUGGAUAAAGACAUCGAGAAGUUCAGCAAAAACAAGGCCAAUUAUCACAAUAAACGUUCUUCUAUUGCCAUAAGUGAUGAUCUUGAUAAACUCAUGGAAAGCGCCAACUCAAUCACACUGCAAUUUUAUGUAUACAAGACUGUCGAUGACAAAAUAGAGUACCACGAGAGAAAGCCACUUUCGGAGAGAGAAAAAAAUGAAAACGAUGAAUACAGGCGCUCAGUAGGCUUAAGCGACACGAUGGGCGAAUCUCAAUCGAAUCAAUACGUUGACCAUAGCUCAAGUUCGUUUCCUUCUAGAGAUUUAUCUAAUCGCACCACAGAUAGCUAUCGCACUGCAGACAUAAUGGGGGCAGAACCUGUUAACGGUAAUCGUCUCCCAAAAGCAUCUUUGCCCCCAAGGCCCACUGCCGACAAUGUGCAACGGGCGAGACAGGUAUCCAACCAAAUCAGCGAACAGCAAAAACACCCCCAAGAACACCAGCUGCCUUCUGAUAAUGCUGAAUCUUCUCGUGUCCCUCAGAUAGCCUCUCCAAAUGAUGACGACGAAUAUUACGAUAUUGACGAGCCAAUGGUCCUCGAACAACCCGCAAGAGGUAAAUCAGUCAAAGAUUCUACACGAAGCAUGAAAAAAAUCAAGCAUAAGAAGGCCAAAGCAAAACAUCUAAGGUCCCUGUCUACUCCCGGUUUGAAACCAUUCUCCUACCACACGUUAAUAAACCUUCUUGAGAGCACCAAUGGAACAAUUAUUGGUGAAGAAUUUGACCAAUUAAACUUACCAAUUAAAGAAAAACAAUUGAUUGAAAAGAUUGUUGAUUCCUUAUCUAGACUUACAUCCGACAUGGUUCUUGACGAAAAUAGGUAUGAAAUUGGAAUAGCCAGGUUAGAAAAGGCUCAUAGAGCUCUUGAGGGUUUUAUAUAG